GUUCGCUGAUUCGGCGCUCGGGGUGGGUGCGGAGGGGCGUGCGAGGUCCACAGCCUGGGUCGAGCGACGAGUCAUCGCCCACGAGCCCCGGGAGCGGAAGCCUUGGGGUAACUGGCUGGCGCCCGGCCUUUCCAGCGCUCUGUUGUGCUCUCGGCCACCAAGUGCGGCGGCAGCGGCGGCGGCGGCAGCGCAGGAGGAAGCCUCUUGACCCGCACUUGGAACUCUACUUUAAGAAACUCUCAAAACGAAAAAAUCAAGUCAUGGAGAAGAAUGGGAAUAACCGAAAACUUCGGGUUUGUGUUGCUACUUGCAACCGUGCUGAUUAUUCUAAACUUGCCCCAAUCAUGUUUGGCAUUAAAACGGAACCUGAGUUCUUUGAACUUGAUGUGGUGGUGCUUGGCUCUCACCUAAUAGAUGACUAUGGAAAUACAUACCGCAUGAUUGAACAAGAUGACUUUGACAUUAACACCAGGCUCCACACGAUUGUGAGAGGGGAGGAUGAAGCAGCCAUGGUGGAGUCAGUGGGCCUGGCUCUAGUGAAGCUCCCGGAUGUCCUCAACCGCUUGAAGCCGGAUAUCAUGAUUGUUCAUGGAGACAGGUUUGAUGCCCUGGCUCUGGCUACAUCUGCUGCCUUAAUGAACAUUCGUAUCCUUCACAUUGAAGGAGGAGAAGUUAGUGGGACUAUUGAUGACUCCAUCAGACAUGCUAUAACAAAACUGGCUCAUUAUCAUGUGUGCUGCACCCGAAGUGCAGAGCAACACCUGAUAAGCAUGUGUGAGGACCACGAUCGCAUCCUGUUGGCAGGCUGCCCUUCCUAUGACAAACUUCUCUCGGCCAAGAACAAAGACUAUAUGAGUAUCAUUCGGAUGUGGUUAGGUGAUGAUGUAAAAUGUAAAGAUUACAUUGUUGCACUGCAGCACCCUGUGACCACUGACAUUAAGCAUUCCAUUAAAAUGUUUGAAUUAACACUGGACGCGCUUAUCUCAUUUAACAAGCGGACCCUUGUUCUGUUUCCAAAUAUUGAUGCAGGGAGCAAAGAGAUGGUUCGAGUGAUGCGGAAGAAGGGCAUUGAGCAUCACCCCAAUUUUCGUGCAGUUAAACACGUACCAUUUGAUCAGUUUAUACAGCUGGUUGCCCAUGCUGGUUGUAUGAUUGGGAAUAGCAGCUGUGGGGUACGAGAGGUUGGAGCUUUUGGAACACCUGUGAUCAACCUGGGCACACGUCAGAUUGGAAGAGAAACAGGGGAGAAUGUCCUUCAUGUCCGAGAUGCUGACACCCAAGACAAAAUAUUGCAAGCGCUGCAUCUUCAGUUUGGUAAACAGUAUCCUUGUUCAAAGAUAUAUGGGGAUGGAAAUGCUGUUCCAAGGAUUUUGAAGUUUCUCAAAUCUAUUGAUCUUCAAGAGCCACUACAAAAGAAGUUCUGCUUUCCUCCUGUAAAAGAGAAUAUCUCCCAAGAUAUUGACCAUAUUCUUGAAACUCUGAGUGCCUUGGCUGUUGAUCUUGGAGGGACAAACCUCCGAGUUGCAAUAGUCAGCAUGAAGGGUGAAAUAGUUAAGAAGUAUACUCAAUUCAAUCCCAAAACUUAUGAAGAGAGGAUUAAUUUAAUCCUACAGAUGUGUGUGGAAGCUGCAGCGGAGGCUGUAAAACUGAACUGCAGAAUUUUGGGAGUAGGCAUUUCCACAGGUGGCCGUGUAAAUCCUCAGGAAGGAAUUGUGCUGCAUUCAACCAAACUGAUACAAGAAUGGAACUCUGUGGACCUCAGGACCCCCCUGUCUGACACUUUGCAUCUUCCUGUGUGGGUUGACAAUGAUGGCAACUGUGCCGCCAUGGCAGAAAGGAAAUUUGGUCAAGGAAAGGGACUGGAAAACUUUGUUACACUUAUCACCGGCACGGGAAUUGGUGGUGGAAUCAUCCAUCAGCAUGAGCUAAUCCAUGGAAGCUCCUUCUGUGCUGCAGAACUCGGCCACCUUGUCGUGUCUCUGGACGGGCCCGAUUGUUCCUGUGGGAGCCAUGGGUGUAUUGAAGCCUAUGCCUCUGGAAUGGCCUUGCAGAGGGAGGCAAAAAAGCUACAUGAUGAGGACCUGCUCUUGGUGGAAGGGAUGUCAGUGCCAAAAGAUGAAGCUGUGAGUGCACUUCAUCUCAUCCAAGCUGCAAAACUUGGCAAUGCAAAGGCCCAGAGCAUCUUGAGAACAGCUGGAACGGCUUUGGGUCUUGGGGUUGUCAACAUCCUGCACACGAUGAACCCCUCCCUCGUAAUCCUGUCUGGAGUCCUGGCCAGUCACUAUAUCCACAUUGUCAAAGACAUCAUCUGCCAGCAAGCCUUGUCUUCGGUGCAGGAUGUGGACGUGGUGGUUUCGGAUCUGGUGGAUCCCGCCCUACUCGGUGCUGCCAGCAUGGUGCUGGACUACACAACACGCAGGAUCCACUAGGCCUCAGGGGUGAACAUGGACGAGACUCAGGAGCGCCUUAGUGGAAUCAACUUCUCUUUUUAGAUGAACAUAUCUUAAAAAGCAAAUGUAGUAUUUAUUUAACUGCAGGCAGUGUUGGCAGAGAGUGCUUUUGCUUUUCUGUGCUUUCGGAUAUUUUCCUAAUAGUCAUUUAAGUGUAAACCUUGUAGGUUCUACUCACAACUUCUAAGCCAAUAGGAGCCACAGUAGUAGAUCCAGAAGCCUUAGGACUCUGCCUGCCAAGGUACCAUGAGACCUGUAGGCCUGCCUUGGGAUGCGAGCUUCAUGUGUGCAUUUUGGUUAACAGCCCUUCCUCCUCUAACCCCCAACUCUGAUCACAGAAGGAAAUCCAGUCAGGGAACAGGAGAAAAUCUUAACAGGAAAGGCUUAUGUACUUUUUAAAAACAGCUUUAUUGAAUUAUCUUUAAGGCAUACAAUUUAGUAAGUUUUGACUUAUUUACCUGUGAUACCAUUGCAGCAAUCAAGACAUUGGACAUUAUCUGUCACCCCCAAAUGUCUUUGAGGAAAGGUGUUAUUACUGUAGCAGAACCUGUAAGAGACUUUAGGGCUAUGAAUUAGAGUGGCCUUAGUGACCUUGUCCUUAGAGACAGCUUAUAAGCCACUAGGAUUUAGAGCCUCUGAAAGAUUAUCCCAAAGGGUCUUUGCUCCUGACAGCAGACACUUCUCCCUUUAGGAGCUUUUCAUUUUCUUUGGACUGGGGCCCCCCAAGUGUCUGUGAAGGUAGUAUAUGUGUGAGUACACCUAGAGCCCCAAUCUGAGGACCCGGAUUCUAAGAUUGUUUUAACUGAUGGCAAAACAUAAAAGUCAAAGUUCUAUUAAUUGCAAUCUAGAAGAAAUAUUAACUGUAACCAUUUAUUAAGUGCCUACUGUGUACCAGGCUCUGAACUAGGUGCUUCAUAUACAUUAUCUUAAAUUCUCAUGACGUUUGAGAUAGAUAUUUGAAUUCUCAUUUUAUAGAACUCAAGAUUACUGUGUUUAAAUGACAUACCCUCAGCUAUGGGGCUGACGAGUCAGAGAGGGUUUGAUGCGUUUUUCUGCUAAGCCACACAACACUUCAUUUCACAAACAUGUUCAAAAUGCUAAUACAUUCAAUUUAGGCUAACAAAAGCUUUAAUAAGAAUACCUGAUUUGCAAAUGACUCAAUUUAUUUUUUACCCCAUUCCUCAGCUGUGAAUUUAAUCAAAUAUUCCUUCCAUACUGUUGAAAUCUUGCCAGUACAGUAUUUGCUCUUGAUAGGUUUUUAUGAGUAUUUGUAGAUGAUCUAAAAGAUAUGAAUAUAUUUUUCAAAGAAGAACUUUUUUUAGAAAAGCCCGAAGGUUUCUAGAAUGUAUUAUUUCAGUGCUGACAGAAAAAUGAAAUUAAAGCAAUUAAUAUUGCAUUUGAGUGAUUUCCUUCCUGGUGGGUUAAUGUCAGAAAGACACGACAGCUGAGUCCUGGAACUCUGCCAGCCCUUAGUCUGCAGGGCAUGCUUUUGUUCCACAUUCCAGGAUAGCUCAGGCACCAAUGUCUGGGGUGAGGUGAACUCUGUCAUGCAGGGACAUCAAUAGGCCCAUGGUGAAACCUGUUAUCACUGUAUCCCAAGCAACUGCACUGCUACCAAGUUUCAUGCCAAAUAGGUGAAGGGAUGGAUGGUAAUGAAUCAAAAACCAAAUCUUAAGGUUUAAUUAAAUGUAUAGAAAGACUAGUAUAUUCUGACAUAAAUUAUGUUUAAAUAAUCAUUCUCUAAUUUAUUUUAAUGUAAAUAUUUUGUUGUUUUGAGCCAAA